CAGUAAUGUCCACAGAGUCACCUCAAUAUUUUGAAGGAGAAGGAAUGAAAGAAAGAAAGAAAGAAAGAAAGAAAGAAAGAAAGAAAGAAAGAAAGAAAGAAAGAGCUCUAACGCUUUAUUCCUUUAUUACAGAUUCAGCAGCCCCACCAUGAUCACCACCAAAGGUUCUUGCUGGCUGCUGCUGCGUUUGACCGUCCUCCUCGUGGCUGUGCUGGUGCAGUCCAGCGAAGGAGCAACCUACCGGGAUUUUGCGAAUAGACACAUUGAUUAUCCGAAAACCAGAGCAAACAAUAACAACGCCUACUGCAACUUGAUGAUGACUCGGAGAGGACUGAACAGGGGGUCCUGCAAACCCACGAACACCUUCAUCAACGGCAGCCCUCGUACCAUCCAGGCAAUCUGCGGCACGGGGGGAACUCGCUACCGGGGCAAUUUAUAUGACAGCAGGAGCCGCUUCCGUGUGAUCGUCUGCCGCAGCACAGGAAGAUUCCCCAACUGUAAUUAUCGUGGCAGGCCGCAGUCCAAGCGAGUCCGUGUCGGCUGCACAAAUAGGCUGCCUGUUCACCUUGACAGACUCCUGUGAUGGAACCCACCAUUCAUCCACAGGAAGCAGAAGUCUGAGGGCAUUCUGUCAACCGUUGAUUUCCCCUUUGCUUCCCUGCUUUCUCUGCCGCUUAACUUUGAGGGCAUAUCCACACUGCAGGCUUAAAGUGGAUUAGCAAGAAUUCCUUCCUACCAGGGAGCCCUGCAAAAUGUAGACCUGAGAGGAGGGGGUAGGGUUCACUAACAAAUAUUUUUGGGCACCGCUUAUUUGCUCAUUCAGUUCUUUUUCUUUGCUUUCUGCUUUUUCCACAAUGUACCUCCACAGUGCAGGUUUAAACCCGGUUUAGCAAUAGUUCCUUCUCCCCAGGGGCCCCUGGGAACUCUAGGCUUGAGAAGCGGAACUAUUCCUUACUCAGUCAGAUCUUUUCCUAUGUGGUUUUCAGGGUUUUGCCAAAAAUGGAAAGAUGCCAAAGAGGCACAACUUUGGCACUUUCAGUGGCUGGGUACGAAAAAGAGUAAUCAUAGAAUGUGAAAGCUAGAUCUGCUGAAAUUCCCUCUUAUACACAAGUGCUCAAGGUGUAGGGCACCUGCCCUCUUUUGCAUCAGGUAACCCUGCUUUUAUCUCAUGAUAAUAUCCCCUCUUCAUCUCCUCCAGCAUCCCUUCCUCAGCACCCUUACCUGGGAAGCAUCAUGCAUUUCAAACGAAUCAAUUCGUACACUGAGAUGAAUCUGUGGCCCUCUAGUGGCCAAUUGACCUUAACUCCCAUCAGCCCAAGCUAGUAUGAUCCAUCCACUGGUUAUGGAUGAGGGGAGUUAUGAUCCUGCAAUAUCUAGAAGGCCACAAAGCUCCCCGACAGCAUUAAAGCUCCGCUUCACCCAGGCAUGCAUAUUGCUUGAUUUCGGUAUACAUCGUCACUCCCUUGCAGUGACUGGGAGCUGAAAGCAUGAACUGCAAAGCAGAUUCCCUUGCAAAGCAACGUUCUUAAGAUAAUUUUGCAUGGUCCUAUCGUGAUGUCCCAUUCUCACACAGAAGCGGUCAUUUAGCACUGCAGUCAUUGCUGCCUCCUUUUAAUGGGGAUUUCACCUUUCUUCAGAUGUGGGGUAUAUUUGCAAAAAAAUUUU